GAACAGUGAAACGAUGCCUCUGGAUGCCCGCCCAGGAUGACCUACCAUAAAGCGUAGAAUAAGCUCCAGUUUAUCCACAUGGACAGAUUCUAGUUGAAAAGCUUGUUAGAGCAACAUGAGCUGGAGCUUUCUCACUCGUCUCCUGGAAGAGAUCCACAACCACUCCACGUUUGUGGGGAAAGUGUGGCUGACAGUGCUCAUCAUCUUUCGCAUUGUGCUCACAGCGGUUGGAGGCGAGUCCAUCUAUUCGGACGAGCAGACCAAGUUCACCUGCAACACCAAGCAGCCAGGUUGUGACAAUGUAUGCUACGAUGCCUUUGCCCCUCUCUCGCAUGUCCGCUUCUGGGUCUUCCAGAUUAUCAUGAUCUCCACUCCUUCUAUUAUGUACUUGGGUUACGCCAUCCAUAAGAUAGCCCGAAGUUCAGACGAGGAGCGCCGGAAGCACCACAGGCUCCGCAAAAAGCCUCCUUCUCACACACACAGAUGGAGAGAGAGCCACCAUCUGGAGGAUGUCUUAGAGGAGAAUGAAGAUGACGAUGCAGAGCCCAUGAUCUAUGAGGAUACAUUGGAAGUCCAGGAGGCAAAGCCUGAACCAGUGAGCAGCACUAGCAAAGGCCCACCAAAACAUGAUGGCCGCCGAAGAAUUAUGGAAGAAGGCCUGAUGAGAAUCUAUGUCCUUCAGCUCAUGUCACGAGCUAUUUUUGAAAUCGCUUUCCUUGCAGGACAGUACCUCCUAUAUGGUUUUCGAGUUAGUCCUUCAUAUGUGUGCAACAGGGUCCCCUGUCCACACAGAGUGGACUGUUUCAUCUCCAGGCCCACAGAGAAAACAAUCUUCCUCCUCAUCAUGUAUGUGGUAAGCUGUCUUUGUCUAGUGCUAAAUGUGUGUGAGAUGCUGCACUUGGGAAUUGGCACCUUUCGGGACACGCUUCGCAUGAAGAGGAACCAGGGCCGACGGACGUCAUAUGGAUACCCGUUUUCUCGCAACAUCCCAUCCUCCCCACCGGGGUACAACCUUGUGAUGAAGACAGACAAACCUAGCAGGAUCCCCAACAGCCUCAUCACCCAUGAGCAGAACGUAGCCAAUGUGGCCCAGGAGCAGCAGUGCACCAGCCCAGAUGAGAACAUCCCUUCUGAUUUGGCAAGCCUACACCGGCACCUACGGGUCGCUCAAGAACAGCUUGAUAUGGCCUUUCAAACAUAUCAGACCAAAAACAACCAGCAAACCUCCAGAACCAGUAGUCCUGUAUCUGGGGGCACCAUGGCAGAGCAAAAUCGAGUCAACACAGUCCAGGAGAAACAAGGAGCAAGGCCGAAAUCAGCCACGGACAAGGCUGCAACCAUUGUGAAAAAUGGAAAGACGUCUGUCUGGAUCUAGAGAUAAAUCAAAUUUAGUAAAUUAAUAUUAAAAACUCUUUAGACUCCGGAACUGCACUGUGACACAGCUGGAGGAUGUGUGUGUGUGAGAGAUGCGACCUUGGACAAUAACAACUGAAAAUUCAAUCACACAAGGAAUUCAGUACAUAGUUUUGGGGAGUAAAAAACAAAACACACGUGAAGAAAUUAUCAAAUCCAGUAUCAUAAAUCUCCUUUGUUUCUGUGGUGUCUUUUUGUCCUUGCCACAGCUUUUGGACAUGGUUAACAUGCGCUUAUUUAGUUAAACAUCUCUAAUUCCAGCUAAAAUGUCAAAGUAUAAACAGACUGCUUUGAGCUAUUUAUCUGAUCUACCCUUGACUGCCAAUGAACUGGAUUAAUUUGAAGAAAUCUAACUUUCAGAAGUGUAUGAUUAUACCAAAUUUCAAUCCAAAUUUGAAAAUGCAGUGAAAAGAAAACACUGUACAAAUGCACAAUGACUCAUUUCUGAAGAACGAUGAUUGUUGAUGGAAAGAUGCAUGUUUGAUAUUUGGGGAAGUAUUUUUGGAUGUAGUGUGGAUGAGAAGAAAAUUAAAUGUGAAAUUUUUUGAUAAAGGUAAUGAAACAAGGCUGUGUCACUGUAGGCUAUUUUGGUAAACAUCAGCUUAGCGUGAUGAUCUCUUCAGUUGUUGCGUGCAAAGCAUUUAUCUAUUCUAUAUUUUCCAAAGCCUUGCAGUGUCACAUUUGAUGGGAUAGAAGCAAGUGAAUAGAAAAUCUGAUUAUUUUCUUUACUAAAUACUGAUUUUCUGCAAUCUGAAGCAGAUGAUGCAUGCUUUACAUCUGGGAACAUAGAGUAUACACAUAGGCUACAGUAGAAACCCCAUCCUUAGCUAUAUAACCUUAUGUCUAGGCAUGUUAAGUUUUUCAUUCAUGUCAUCAGAGCAGUAUGUUUUCUAAAAUAUUUAAUCCUGCCUUCACUGUUGUCAUACUUCAAAGUGCCUCAAACUUUUAAAGACUGUUCUAGUAUUUUAUUCAUGAAGAAAUAAACUGAUUUGAAACCUCUGA